GCUGUCAGUCAGACCACUAGUAAUGUUUGGGGCUCUGCUGCAACAUUUACGGAAGGGGUCAAGGGCUCUGCAGUGAUCCCACCAAGAACAGUAGGGGUCUAUAAGAGAAGGCGUACAGGAGAUACGUGUGUUGAAUGCGUGUAGGAGGGUGUGGUAGAACAUGGGGCUUAGAACAUAGAGCGACUGUCCAUAUGCAGUGGGCUCCCGCUCUGUUGACAGGCGGUUGCGACAUGCUCACAGGAUUAGUGGCUCAGUGGACGUGAUGCCGCUGGCCUCUUAAAAUAGAGAGAGAAAUGGAGACGGUCAAGAAAACAAAAGCACACCGGCCACAAAGCAGCAGCAGCAGAUUCAGAGCAGUACUGGACCUGGCGCACAUCACAGGCUCAGACUCUCAUAGGCUCAGACACACUCGCUUGGACCAGAAUCAGAGCAGGAAUGGCAGUUGCUGGAGCUGAAGAGCUGCCGCGGCAGUUCCCGAAGAUCACCCUGAGUGAUGUGGAUGAGGAGGUGCGUCUGCUAGCGGAGAAAGUGUACGCCUCUGCGCUGAAGGAGGAGGAGAAUAAAGAUGCUCUCUCCAUGUACACGGUACCCGAGGACUGCCCCAUCGGCCUGCAGCAGGCCAAGAACCGAGAGCUGCUGCGCGAACUGGCUGAGCAGCAGUCUGAGGAAACCGCCAAGAGGAAGAAGAGUUUUAAGAUGAUCCGGUCUCAGUCUAUGUCCCUUCAGAUCCCAGUGGUUGUGGACUGGGCUCGGACCGCAGCCACUCCACUCAUGUCCCCCGCCUCCACCUGCCCCUCUGUUCCAGACAACUUCCCCGAGUACCAGAGAGUCACCAUCAGUGGAGAUUACUGUGCUGGGAUCACAGUUGAAGAUUAUGAACAAGCAGCUAAAAGUCUACUGAAAGCUUUAUUUAUUCGGGAGAAAUAUUCAAAACUAGCCUACCACUGCUUCCCUCGGACCACCGCCCUGUUUCUGCGCAGUGCUGAGAACACUCAGUGGAGGGAGGAAGAUGAAGUCUUGCCAGAUCUCUGCCCUUGUCCUGAAGAGGGGCAGGACCCCUACAGCAUGGAGAACAUUCCAGAGAACCUGAGCUACGAACUGAAAAUGAGGGAUGGGAUUAUAUAUGUUUAUGACAAUGCUGAGGCUCUCCGUCUGAACCGCCCCCGCUGCCUACCUUACCCAGACCUGGAGACAUUCGCCCUGGACAUGAGCCACGUGCUGGCCAUGAUUGCUGAUGGUCCUACAAAAACAUACUGCCACAGACGACUGAACUUCCUCGGGUCGAAGUUCUACCUGCAUGAGAUGCUCAAUGAAAUGGCUGAACUUAAAGAGCUCAAGGGCGUCCCACACAGAGAUUUCUAUAACGUGAGGAAGGUAGAUACGCACAUCCAUGCAGCCGCCUGCAUGAACCAGAAACAUCUGCUCAACUUCAUCCAGACCACCUAUAAAACAGAUGCAGAGCGUGUGGUGCUGGAGAAGACUGGACAGAGACUGACCCUCAAACAGGUUUUUAAUAACCUCAGUAUGGACCCGUAUGACCUCACCGUGGACUCACUGGAUGUCCAUGCUGGCAGGCAAACCUUUCACCGCUUCGACAAAUUCAACUCCAAAUACAAUCCAGUGGGAGCCAGCGAGUUACGGGAAAUCUACCUGAAAACUGAUAACCACAUCAAAGGGGAAUACUUUGCUCGUCUUAUCAAGGAAGUGGCUCAUGAUCUGGAGGAGAGUAAAUACCAGCAUGCUGAGCCCCGCCUUUCCAUCUACGGUCGCUGCCCUGAGGAGUGGGAGAGCCUUUCUCAUUGGUUUAUUCAGCACAAAGUCCACUCCCCCAACAUGCGUUGGGUCAUCCAAGUGCCCAGAAUAUAUGAUAUUUUCAAGUCACGGAAGCUGGUUCCUAACUUUGCCAAGAUGCUAGAGAACAUCUUCCUUCCCCUGUUUGAGGCCACGGUGAAUCCUCAGAAGCACAAAGAACUUCACAUCUUUCUAAAAUAUGUGACCGGCUUUGACAGUGUGGAUGACGAGUCCAAGCACAGCGAUCACAUGUUCUCUUACAAGAGCCCCAAACCUGAGCAGUGGACCACAGACGACAACCCGCCAUACAGCUACUACCUCUUCCACAUGUACGCCAACAUCAUGGUGCUCAACAACCUGAGGAAGGAACGUGGCCUGAGCACCUUCCAGUUCCGACCUCACUGCGGCGAGGCCGGCUCCAUCACCCACCUGGUCUCAGCGUUCCUCACAGCAGACAACAUCUCUCACGGCCUGAACCUCAAGAAGAGUCCUGUCCUGCAGUACCUGUAUUAUUUAGCCCAGGUGCCGAUUGCCAUGUCCCCCCUCAGCAACAACAGCCUGUUUCUGGAGUACUCCAAGAACCCGCUGAGAGAGUUCCUGCACAAGGGCCUCUGCGUCUCUCUUUCCACUGAUGAUCCCAUGCAGUUCCACUAUACAAAGGAAGCUCUGAUGGAAGAGUACGCUAUAGCAGCUCAGCUGUGGAAGCUCAGCACGUGUGAUCUGUGUGAGAUUGCCAGGAACAGUGUGCUGCAGAGCGGACUGUCCCAUCAGGAGAAGAAGCACUUCGUGGGUGCCAACUAUCUAAAAGACGGGCCUGAGGGGAACGACAUCCGGAGAACCAACGUGGCUCAGAUCCGCAUGGCCUACAGACACGAGACACUGUGCAACGAGCUCAGCUUCCUGGUGGACGCCGUGAAGUCUGAGGUUCUGGGCUCACAACCAGAGUGACCAAUCUGCACAACAUCAUCAUCAUCAUCUCACAAAAGACUGUGUCCAAUCAUACUCGUGCUCCCCCCCGUACCCAUGCAUGCUCCCUUUAGAUGAGACCGCAUGCACCCGAGCUGCCAGCAGCGUGCUGGGAAUGACCUACUGCUGCUCAGGUUAAUGACACAGCACACAGCGUCUUCCAGUCUUCCGUGUUAAAGCAGGUAUACGAAUGUUUGUGUGUGUGUGUGUGUGUGUGUGUGUGUGUGUGUGUGUGGGCUGUUGCAUGUGAGUUUUGCACUGGAAGUCACGAGAACUUGACUGGCAGUAGAAAGGAAGGGGAAUGCCUCCCCCUUGUGGAAAUGUGGGGAAGGGGAUUUUGUGGAAAGUGAGGUAAACUGUGCCCUUUAUAGUGAGCCAUACAUGCUGUAUAAGCUGUUCAGGCUGUUGAGACUGCUUGUAAUUAGGUAACACUGUGAGUUAAUAUUAAUAAAUAUAUUAAUACAGCUCUGGAAAAGAAAUGAAGAGACCACUUCCGUUUCUGAAUCAGUUUCUCUGAUUUUACUAUUUAUAGGUUUAUGUUUGAGUAAAAUAAACAUUGUUGUUUUAUUCUAUAAACUACAGACAACAUAUAUAAAUAUUGUCAUUUAGAGCAUUUAUUUGAGGAAAAUGAGAAAUGGCUGAAAAAAAUUUAAUAGUUCAGAAAUCAAUAUUUGUUGGAAUAACCCUGUUUUUUAAUCCCAGCUUUCAUGCAUCUUGGCAUGUUUUCCUCCACCAGUCUUACACACUGCUUUUGGAUAAAUUCAAGCAGUUUAGUUUGGUUUGAUGGCUUGUGAUCAUCCAUCUUCCUCUUGAUUAUAUUCCAGAGGUUUUCAGUUUGGUAAAAUGAAAGAAACUCAUUAUUUUUAAGUGGUCUCUAAUUUUUUUUUCCAGAGCUGUAAAUCUUUGCUGUCCAAUAAAAAAAAUAUCUAAAAAAAGGAACUUUACAAGAAAAAGAUAAAACCUUCUUAAGUUUCAAUGGAAGUCAGUGUAAAAGGAGUUUAUUUCAGGUCAUUUUGGAGAAAUUUUGACACAGUUUAAGGUUUUGUUCAAAUUAUGUAGUAAACUAAAAAUGUGCUUUAUUUAUUGUUUUUCAUUGGACAAGAACGAUAUACUGUAAAGGGUGAAUUAAGGGUGAUUGGGACAGUUUUUUUUUUGCUAUUACUAGAACAGAAAAGCCAAACAAUUAUCCAUUUCUGUAGUACUGAUAAUUAGAAUGUUAUUUAAGACCAAAUGAUACAUUUGGCAGUGUGGGCAGUGUGCCAAGUCCUGCUGAAAAAUAAAAUCUGUAUCUCGAUAAAAGUUGUCAGUAGCAGAGGGAAGCAUGAAGUGCUGUAAGAUUUUGCGGGAAAACAAAACUGCACUGACUUUAGACUUGAUAAUAAAACACAGUGGAUCAACACCAGCAGAUGACAUGUCUCUACAAACCAUCACUGAUUGUGGAAACUUCACACUAGACCUCAAGCAGCUUCUAUAACAAGAAAAUAAACCUUGUAUAGCUUAACUGUCUGUAUUGACAUUCUGCCCCAAUCACCCAUAAUUCACUUCAGAUAAAUAUCUGUAUAUAUAUAUAUAUAUAUAUAUAUAUAUAUAUAUAUAUAUAUAUAUAUAUAUAUUGCUCAAUGAACAGUUUGAGCUAUAUAUGUGUCGGAUAUACAGUACCAAGCAAAAGUGUGGAUCCACCUUUUCUUAUUCAUUAUUUUCCUUUAUUUCUUUAUUUAAUGUAUUUUCUACAUUGUAGAUUAAUAUUAAAGACAUGAAAACGAUUAAGUAUUAAAGAACACAUAAAAUUAUGUAGUAAACAGUAAAAAAAGUUUGUCCUCCACAUUAAUCACCUGAUCUAAAUCUGAUGAACUGAGAUGGUGAUUUGAGGUGAUUUAGGAAAAGCAGCAGCUAUUGUUCAGCACCUCCAGAAACUCCUUCCUUCAAGACGCUGAGAAAACUAUUCCAGGUGACUCUCCCUCAUGAAGAUACUGAGAUUAAAAUACCAAGAGUGUGCAGAUCUGUCCUCAAAAUAAAUGUGAUACUUAGAAGAAUCUAAAGUAUAAAACAUAUUCAGUUUUUGUUUUAUAUUAGUUCAAUAUUAUAUUUACAAUGUAAAAAAAUCAUAAAAAGAAAGGAAACACAUUAAUGAGGUGUGUCCAAACUUUUGACUGGUACUGUAUGUAAAAUGUUUAUUGUUCAUAAAGCUUGUUUAAUAAAUACACUGGACUCUUUAACCCAAAAUCAUGUAAAACAUCAUAGAUCAUAUAUCUGUUAACAGAAAUCCUUCAUGCUGUAUUGUAUGUAUUUUGCCUGCUGCCUCCGGUGGCCUUUUCAUCCCACGUGAUUUAGGAGCUGGUCAAAAUCAUUGCACACACUGUAUAUAAAGAUAUAUAAUAAUG